UUUAUUAGUUUUAAGGAUAUGGACAAAAUAUUAAAUAUAUAUCGUGAUUUUUUUUAUUUUAAAGUAUGUGAUGUACAACAAUGCUGCGCUAAGAGUCAUUUUAAAUCUAAAUUACAAUGUUGCACAUUUGGUUUGCCUUGUGAUCUUUAUACCUGUUGUGUUAGUAAUGGGGGUUUGUAA